GUUUCCGUGUCUUCUCACAGACAGCAGCAGCAGCAGGAGGUGGAGCUGCACUCGAGACGAGAGCAGAGGCCCCUCCAGCACUGCACGAGAGACAGAGACCAAGACAAGAGGCUGCCACUCAUCUCGGAUCCCGCAGCGAGAGAAGAGGCUGAAGAUGGCCAGCAUCGCAUCGAAGCUCCUGGGGAUCUCCUGCUUCCUGAGCUGUGGUCGCUCCGCCUUGGCUCAGGGCCUCGUAAAGACAGAAGUUGGCUCCGACGUGCUCCUUCCGUGUCUCUUUAACGAGCCCGUCCCUGACGACGAGAUGGUCAGCUGGGAAAGAAAAUUAGCUAAUGGAUCAUCCGUACAGGUCCUCGUCUUCCACGACAAAUCGACUCCAAGACUGCCCAACAUCGAGUGGGUGGGAGAUCUGAGCCGGGGCAACGCCUCCGUCAAGAUCUCGGCCGUGGGAAUCGAAGAUGCCGGCGAUUACUCGUGCGCAACUUUUUACUCGGAUAUCAACCUGAGCAUCACUCUGAGCGUCGUUUUGAAAGUGGUGGAAGAUCCCGGGUUGAAUAACAACAACGGCGAGACCACCAUAAUCGUGGCCGCAGUGGCUCUGCUGGUGAUCGCUAUCGCCGUUGUGGGAUUUGUCAUCGCGAUGAAGAUGCGGGAGAGGAGGAGGAGGAGCAGGGACAACGAGAGCGGAACGCGACCAUCGACCGAGCUGCAAGUCCUCGCCUCGGCGGCGAGCACUGCUUAGUCUCCGCUGCUGGAUGAGCGACAUCCCCACGCUCCCCCCCCCCUCCCCGGCUGUGUCAGAGGGGGUGGUGGUGGUCACGGGAUGGUGGUCAUGGGGUGGUGGUCACGGGGUGGUGAUCACCGGGUUGUUGUUUAUCUCACAACCAACACACCUGCCAACCCCUUGUCAGUGCCCUACUUUAUUACAGACCAAUUUAGACCUUAUUGGUCACCCCGCCGAUUUCGGCCAAUUAGAGCCACUGGUUAAGUCACGUGGCUAAGCCGUGCCCUCGGCCAAUCAGCAACCGAGGGAACUACUUUAUUUGGAAAACGCCAUUUUUUUUUUAAGAAUCGGUUUUACCCUUUUUGGCAAUAAAAUACCAAACAGAAACCUUUUCCAAGGAAUCACAUCUGCAUUCACCGUACUUGCGGUGAACAUGCAGGCAUGCUCUGGUAGUAAAUGAUGAUGCAUUGUCUUUUAAACUGAUUGGUCUACACCAGAGACAGCUUUCUUUAGGGCCUAGUCUCAACUAGUGUUAGGCCAGAGGACGCCAAAAGGGGAACAGCACAAAGACAAUGCCACCAUCAGAGCAUUUAUAGCUGGGGUUGAUCAGCUACAUCAUGGGACCUCCCUUGCCAGUAUCACGGAUACGUGUAGCUAAUGCAGAACAUGAUUCCUUACACAACGUUUCUAUUUGGUGUUUGAACAUCUUAACACAAUUGCUGUUUUAUUCAUAAUAGAGGUUUUUUGGUUAGAUCGUGUAAAUAUAUAAAUGUGUCGUUAAAAGCAUCACCCGACACAGCCAACUAGUAAGGGUUGUCACGUAAACAGAACGUGCCAUAAUCUAGAUUUGACGUGCCAAUUCGUUACUAGUACAGCACUAGUGUGUAGUGUAGUGUAUAGUAGUGUAUAGUGUAGUGUGUAGUGUAGUGUAUAGUAGUGUAUAGUGUAGUGUAUAGUAGUGUAUAGUAGUGUAUAGUGUAGUGUAUAGUGUAGUGUAUAGUAGUGUAUAGUAGUGUAUAGUGUAGUGUAUAGUAUAGUGUAUAGUAGUGUAUAGUAGUGUAUAGUGUAGUGUAUAGUGUAGUGUAUAGUAUAGUGUAUAGUAGUGUAUAGUGUAGUGUAUAGUGUAGUGUAUAGUGUAGUGUAUAGUAGUGUAUAGUGUACUAGUACAGCACACUGGUGUGUUGGAGAGCCAAGCCACAACAUUAACAAUCUGGGUAUGACGUUUCGCCAGUAAUUACAACUUGCUUCAUCAGGCGACAUCCAGAUCACAAAUCUGGCUGUCGCCUGAUGAAGCAAGUUGUAAUUACCAGCGAUACGUCAUACAUCAAAGUAAAAUAAUGAAACCUAUCAUUUUACUUUGAUAAUCCCAUAUAUAUAUAAAUAUACACCAUUCGUAGCCGGAGUGGCCCCCGUUACAAUCUAAUACGCAGCGCGUGCGCGGAGUUGCUAAGGAAAUUAAGUCAUGUAAACAUGUAUAUUUUGGGUUUUUUUGGGUACAGGGUAAUAUAUUCGAAAUUGUCUCGAUUGACGUGGACGGUAAUACUAGUUUACGGUUUAACUGCGAGCGAGAGCGAGAGAGAGAGCGUGUGUACGGGUCUUGUGCAUCUUCUUGGUUCAUUUGGUAAAGUCACGUAGAAUGGAAAUAAUAAAAAUGAAACAUAAUAAAAUACAAUUCUCACGAAGUUUCGGCCACAACUCAAGCAGC